UCUCUCCUCCUUUUGUAACCCCUAGUUCAAUCUCCAUUGAAAUUGACUCGUUUCUCCACCAAUUCUGCGAUAAUUGGCUUCUCGAACUAUAUAUAAAUUAUAAAUCAUAUAUAUACGUGAUAUGAUUGUUGUGGCGAGUCUCAAAUUGGGGCCAAUCCCAACAUGUCUAUCUCAAAAGCCUUCAAAGAGAUCAAAUUGUUCUCCGUCAAACUCUGUCUUGUCGAAAUUGAUUCCAGAGGCCAACUCCAUAACCCACAAAGGAAAAAGAAGGUGCGACUGGUUUGAUCUGUAUAAUGAGCUAAUUCCAUAUGGGGAAGCGUGGUCUUGGCAAAAAUCCAUUGUCAAAGAGAGGAAAGCAUUAAUUGAAAGGAACGAAGACUGGUCUGACACUUUGAUCAUUCUACAACACCAACCUGUUUAUACAUUGGGUGCUGGUAGCUCAGAAGAGUUUUUGAAUUUUGACAUAAAGGAAGCUCCUUUGGAUGUGUAUCGAACCGAACGGGGCGGGGAAGUUACAUAUCAUGGACCAGGGCAGCUAGUUAUGUACCCUAUUAUCAAUCUGCGUUAUCACAAGAUGGAUCUGCAUUGGUACCUCAGGGCGCUUGAGGAGGUGAUCAUUCUUGCUCUUUCCUCAGCAUUUUCUAUCAAAGCUUCCCGGCUUGAAGGUUUAACUGGUGUUUGGGUUGGAGAUCAGAAAUUAGCUGCUAUUGGGAUACGAGUAUCACAGUGGGUAGCAUAUCAUGGCUUAGCAUUGAAUAUCACCGCAGAUCUAACUCCUUUUGAAAGAAUAGUUCCAUGUGGAAUAAGGAAUCGUCGUGUUGGAAGCAUAAAGGGAUUAUUGAUGGAAUCUUUGUCACUUGAUGGAUGCGGAAGAAUGGACAUACAAUGUUAUGAUGAUUGCCAACUAAUUGAUAUUACUCACAAAUCAUUAGUCAGAGCGUUUUGUGAAGUUUUCCAAGUUGAACUCCUCCAAAAAUCUAUCCCGCAUUUUGAAAGGGGAAACUGCCAACCUACCUUACUGGGAACCUAAUCUAACUGAGAGAUUAAAAAGAGCUUGUCUGAAUCAUCUCAGCCAGUCAAUGUAUCUGUUGUAGAAUACUUUUGAAAAUCUUUAUGGUCUUCUCUAUCUAUAAAUUGGGACCUCAUCUACUUCAAUGAAACAACCCUGCAGCAGGAAUGUGUUCUUGAAAUAUUUAGAUACCUUGUAUUCUAUUUUUUUGUCUGUGAUGAAUAUUUCUGGAUACUAAUUAUAGUUCCAAAUUUCUUCAA